AUGAAGAACGAUCAACGGUACAACGCGCUGCGUAAUCUCGAUGACCAGUCUGACUCUAGCACUGAGGUGGGAGAUUGGGAAGCAGAAGGUAACACGGAGCCUCGACAAACGAAGAUGAGGGCCUUAUGGAGCAGGUUGAAGCGGAGUCGCUGGUUGCUGGACACCGCACUACUUCUUGUCAUCGUCGGAUUGCUGGUGGAAAAGAGAUGGAAACACAAUCAGGGUCAUCAGUAUGAAUUUGCCGGAGACAUCACAGGCUUUGCGCCAGAAUUCUCGCAACAGGUCAUUACCUUCAGACCAAACCCGAUUUUCGCCCCGGAGAACGCCUCCGAAUUCUGGAACAAAGAUGUUCAGCAAGCAUGGCUGAACAUUGUACCGGAGGGGUUAGGUUACGUCGAGAUCAAGGAUCCUACGCGGCACGACAAUCUUCCACAGCCAAUCCACGACUAUGUCAACAACACUGUGUUUACCACGUCGAUGACACACCAGCUGCACUGCCUGUACACGAUCCUCAACGCUUAUAACACGAUGUCGGUUGUACUUGACAGUCCGUUUCUGAAGGUUAACCCUAUACAGCAGCCGUGGCAUGUGAACCAUUGCUUCGAGUAUAUCAGACAGGCUAUCAUGUGUGCAGGCGAUGUUGCGCUGGAAGGCGCUGCAACCACCUUUCCGUUGAGUUCGAAUGGAGAGGAUCAAGGAGGCAGCGAUGGUUGGGACGCAAAGCAUGUCUGCAAAGACUACAGUCAGAUUACGAAGUAUCUUGAGGACAAGACGAUCAAUCAUGUCAAGUGGAUAUCCUGA